AUGUCGAAGCGUGGACGUGGUGGAGCUUCCGGAGGAAAAUUCCGCAUCUCUCUGGGUCUCCCAGUCGGAGCUGUGAUCAAUUGUGCCGAUAAUACUGGCGCUAAGAAUCUCUAUGUCAUUGCCGUUUUCGGUGUCCGUGGUCGCCUCAAUCGUCUUCCCUCCGCUGCAACAGGUGACUGUGUCGUUUGUUCAGUGAAGAAGGGCAAGCCGGAACUUCGUAAGAAGGUUUGGCAAGCUGUGGUUAUAAGACAACGGAAAUCAUAUCGGAGAAAGGACGGGACCUUUAUAUACUUUGAAGAUAACGCGGGUGUUAUUGUCAAAGCGAAUGGUGAAAUGAAGGGUUCUGCCAUUACAGGUCCUGUCGCAAAAGAAUGUGCAGAUAUGUGGCCUAGAAUAGCAUCCAACGCGGGAUCUAUUCAUUGA